AUGCUGAUAUCUGGUCAUCAUUUUUCAAAUUUGGACGAGGCUGGCAAUAUUCCAAUACCCUUACUGACUAAAACCGCGUCAUCAUAUCAACAACAUGGAAGCCCCUCUAGAAGUGUUAAAUCUGAGAGUAAGAAGUCAUUGCUUUUAAAGUAUCAAGAAAAUGUUGAAAUUGAUGCGGAUUUUGAUGAAUUGUCAUUUUCUAAAUUUUCAAAUUCAGGUUCUGCUAUAGUGUUUAAAGAUGUUGAAGAUGUUGAAUCUCCAUCUCCUUAUGUUCAAAGACUACAAUUUCAUUCGGUCACUGAAACAAAAGCUAAAGAACUGCAUGAGGGGGACAGCGACAAAGAGAAUCAUAUCACUACACCAUUGGUACGAGAAGAUCAUAAAAGAAAUCACAUGGGCAUUUUACAACCAGUAAAAUUAUUUGAAGAACCUUUCAAAUCGACACCAAGAUCAAAAAAGAAUAGUUCGGUUCAGAUUUCAUUAACGCCAGCUCAAAAAAGUAAAUCAAAAUUUGUUGAGUUCAAUCGACUGGGAAUAAAUAAUUUUGAAUUUACAUCAUUAAUUGGUAAUGGUGCAUUUGCAAGUGUGUAUAAGGCUAAAAAUUUGGUGAAUGGUCAAAUAGUAGCAAUAAAGCAAAUAAGGCUAGAAAAAGAUCAGGAUGUAGCUGUAUUAAUGGGUGAAAUUGAUCUUUUGAAAAUUUUGAAGCACCCUAACAUAGUAAAAUAUCACGGCUUUGUUAAAGAUAAUUAUUCGUUGAAUGUAAUAUUGGAAUAUUGUUCAAAAGGUUCAUUGAGACAAUUGUAUAAGAAACAAAAAGUGGGAUUUCCAGAACCGCAAGUUAUUGGUUAUGUCAGAGAAAUUUUAAGGGGAUUAUCUUACUUGCAUGAACAAGGUGUGGUUCACAGAGAUGUUAAAGCUGCAAAUGUUUUAUUGACUGAGGACAACCAAGUGAAGUUAGCUGAUUUUGGAGUUGCAUCGAAAGUGAACUCACAACAUCAUACGGUGGUUGGUACACCCAAUUGGAUGGCUCCUGAAACAAUUCUAGGUGGAGAUGGUUUAUGUACAGCAUCAGAUAUUUGGUCAUUAGGUGCUACAAUUAUCGAAUUAUUUACAAUGAAUCCACCAUAUCAUGAAUUGAAUGCAAUGGCUACUUUACACGCGAUAGGAACUGAUGAACGACCCCCAUUGCCUAAGAAUAUUUCAUCGUUAGCAAGGGAUUUUUUGAUGGAGUGUUUUCAAAAACAACCAAAUUUACGAAUUAGUGCAAAUUUAUUACUCAAGCAUCAAUGGCUAAAUCAAAAUUCAAAUCGUAAGAAAAUCAUACAAAAAUCAUCUAUCCCCAGUUUGAUAAAUAUCGAUGCAAUUGAUUUGGAAAACAUCAGCACAAGUUCUAAACCACCUAUUAAAACUCAUUUAUCAAAAAACGAUCUUUUGAAUAAAUUUCAAGAGCAAGAUGAAAAGGAAUCUAUAAUACUCACAACCACAAAUUUUGAACAACUUUUAGUGAAGAAGGAAGAUCAACAAACUGAUGAUACCGAAGAAAAAGAUCCAUUUUUAGAACUUGAAAUAGAUAAUUUUGAUACAAAUGAAUUGGAAAUUCAAGUCAAAAUGGAGUACCUAGUGGUCAAAUUAACUCGAAAAUUGGAGCGAAUUCACUUUGAAGAUAUUGAAAAUGCUGAUUCACUUAUAAAAGUCACUGGUAGAAUGCUUCAUUUAAUAAAAAAAUAUCCAUUUCUGCAUGACACAUUUAUUCGUGAUCAUGGUACACUUUGUUUAGUUGAACUUUUAGAGUCUCAAAAUGAAUUACCAAAACAAAAUCAAUUGUGGUAUCAUACUUUAGCUGUACUUAACUAUAUUUUUGAAAAUAAUGUUGGUCAAUUGGAAAAUUUUUGCUUCUUAGGUGGGAUCCCCAUCGUGGCCCAAUUUAGAAGUUCAGCUUAUGAUUUAAGAGUCAGACUUGAAGUCGCUAGAUUUAUUAACUGUUUAAGUACAUCAAAUAAUGCUUUAUCAAUGUUUGUUUCAUGUGGUGGUAUGAGGGUUGUUGCUAAACUUUUGGAAGAAGAUUUUGAUCAUAAUGCUACUUUUCCUUUAGUUGCAGUGGAUACAAUUUACAACAUUUUGAGUAGAGAUGUAAGUAGAUCAAAAUCUGAUUUGUGCAGAAUUUUAUCUAAGCAUGGAGUUUUAUUUUGGUUUGCAGUUUUAUUGAAAAGGUUGCUGAAAAAUGGUAAGAAUGACAUUGUGUCAGCAAAAAUCAUGGAUACUUCAAUAGCUAAAAUUGUUGAUGUCAUCAAAUAUUUUGGCCAAGCAGAAGCUAAGGUAAGAAUAUCAAUUUCAAGUGUCGAUCUUUUCAAAUUGUUAACAAAAACAUUUGAUAAUUUGAUUUUUUCUCAGCAAUUACAGCUUUUGAAGUUUAUUAAGUCAAUGUCUUGCAUUACAGAAGUAUUAAAAUAUUUGUAUAAGGCCGAUAUUUUGGAGUUUUUGAUGAAAUUAUUAGAGCAAUAUAUUCCAACUAAUCCUCGAUAUAAAGAAGUGAUAAAUAUUUUGGCUCCUGUUAUUUAUAACUGUCUUUCAUUAAAUUAUGCAAAAGAAGCUGAAUUUGUUGAUAUGGGAGCUGUUCCUUAUUUAAAAAAUCUUUCAAUCCUAAAUUUACCAUUUCGUCAAUUUAUAUUACCAAUCAUGUGUGAACUAGCGUAUUGUGACAGAUCAGUAAGAGCUAAAAUCCGAAAAUAUGAUAUCAUCAGUUUGUAUUAUAAUUUAUUAUUUGAUCCAUACUGGCAAUCAAAUGCUUUAGAAUCAUUACUUCAUUUAUACCAAUUAAAUCCAAAAUCUGUCAAAUUAGGUACACCUUUCGCUGAUAGUUGUCUUGCUUCUGGUUUUCUUCUACCAAAAGUUUCAAAUUUUGAAUCAGUUCUUGAUGCAUAUUUACAAUUAAUUACAAUCAAUGAAGGAUUAGUAAAAACAAUGCUGCAGGUCACAAUUGUUCAAAAUUUACUAAACAAAUUUAAAAGUUAUAAUCAAAAUUCUGUCAUUCAGCUACUGCUUUUAAAAAUUUUGAAGUUUAUACUUAAUCAUGUUGUUCACGAUGAUGAUUUUCAAAAUCUGAAACUAAAAGAAAAAAUUGAAAUGUUUGAGCUAAUUGAAAAGGCUUUACAAACUUUGAAAGAAAGUCAAAGUUCUUCCGUCUUGAUCAAAGAAGUUGCUUAUGAUAUAUUACGUAUAAUGAAAACCUAA